CACUAUCAUCGUAUGGCGGCGAUUCAAUUUCAGAAAUAGAUAGUUGGGGUGACAAUUGUUUAAACUUUAAACACAAAUGAAAAGUGAAGCCUGGUAAAAUGUCGAAGACCAAGAACAAAAACAAACAAAAUGAAACAGCGCUUGAGUUGGACGCCAUCUUAAGUGACCCCAUAACAAACUCGCAUAGGCUUGUCGCAUUCUUGCAGCGCAAGGCAGCGGAAGCAGAAAGGUCCAGGCCCCACCUCGUCUUUGGGAACGUCUCCUAUAACCUGGACUUUGAUGUUCCGCUCGUAAAGAAGCCUCAAAAAGGGACACAGGAGAAACCAUUGAAACCUUUCCAAGAGUUGGGUAAAGCCAAUGCCAGCAGCAUUGUUGCAGCAGCGUCAGCGCCCCCCGCCUCAGAAGUGCCGCAGUCGCCACCCAACUUAGCGUCGCAUGAGAAUGUGCCGUCGCGUUCAGCCAGACAUUCGCCUUCACCCACCCAUCGGCGUCCUUCCACACGUAGUGGCACUGGCAGCAAUGUUCCUGGCUCUGAUAAGCUGCGUCGUCAUGCCAUUCAGAGGCGCUCGCGGAGCUGCGGGCGUCGUCAACUCUUGCAGGACUUUGAAGAUGCAGCUAAUCUAACUCGAAGCUCCUCCAGCCCAUUUCCCUUUGUGCCAGAAAUAAGCAGCACCCCAAACUGCUCUGACAGUUUGAAUCGAGAAUCGAUUCCUGAGAAUCGACCAGCGGCACAGACAAAGCCACAGCCAGAGCCAGUGGUGCGUAAUUCCCCAAACCGUCUGCACCAAUCUGAAUGGGAAUCGGCACCGCUGGAGGAUUCUUUUGUACCGGAAACACAGCCCCAGCAGCUAGACGAAACAGUGCAAAAUCUAUCGAGGAGGAGUAGCAACGUGCAAGUUAUACCAGUGAGUGGGGCCUUUGGUCCCAAGCCAGAUGCAGCAGAGCCUUUGCCACAGCCAACUUCGCCGGUUGUAUCAGCAACAGCAACAGAAGCAGAAGAUGGGGCCGCAGCAACUCCAACAGUAUCUGCUGGUAGUCCGAAAUCGUGUGCUGCUGGUACUCCCAAAUCAUCAAAGUCGAAGACAGUUUCCCCUAACAAAACACCUCAGGUUGUUGUGGACUUGGACGCAAUCGUGACCGACGAACAGCCAAGCGGUUGUGCGUUGAACCUGGCGCCGGCCGGUGGUAACACUAACAGGCAGAGUCGAAGCCGCACGCGUAACAAUCAAAAGCCCUCGGAUGACCAGGAAAGUUCCAUCAAACUGCUUGACCUCCACCGCUCCAAUGCAGCAAGCAAGACGAAGCGCAAGGGCGCCAAUGCUCCCAUCUUGAAUAAGGCGCCCUGUACCGCAAUCAAUGGAGAGGCGUUUGCCAGGGAGCUGAAACGGAUGAGCCACCACGAGAUUCUUGAUUUGCGUAAGAGAAACUCCCUCGGCAGGGUCUAUCCGCUGAAUGGGAACAGGAAUCAUAGUGCAGAGCAGCAAAAGGCUCUGGAGCAGAAAAUUCAGUGGGAGCUACUGCAAAGGAAUCUGGAAGUUAAAACGGAAACCGAAACAGAGCGCGAAGAAAUGGACUGUAUGGAGGAGGUUAUGGCCAUGCCUCCGCCAGCACCCGUCGCCUUCAAAGACAAUUCCCAAAGGCAGCGCAGCGGGUAUUCAAAAGAGCGGCAGAACGUUCGCACACGUUCCAGACGUCGAGAGGCUCCAAUGACAGCAGAGCUGCUCAACUACAUGGAGCUCACAAAAACCAUGGAGUCGCGUCGAAAACCAUCGUGCAACUCGUCGAAACGCAGCCUUUACACCAAGGGUGACUCGUUCCGAGAAGAUGUCGACUCGUUGUCGCCGGAGAAGCAGCCAAGGCUGAGUCCAACCCGCCUAGGGCCUACUCUUUGUCGUGCCAGGAGCAAGGAAAGCCUUAACGUCGUUGAGGAGGAAAUUUUCAUUGUACCACCGCCGCCUCGUUCACUAAGAUAUUCGCAAUGUGUGCGGGAUUUCAAUGGAGUCCGGGCAACCCCUAAGGACUCGAAUGAUGAAGACACUGCCCUCGGCCAUUUGAAGGGGCAGAAGAAUAAUUUAAGCGAAAUUGCCGCCCCUCCACCAGAGUUUAAUGACGAUAAUGAUAAUGCAGUGGAUGGGUCAGAUUGCUCUUCCUCGGAGUGUGCUGUUGCCCAAAAGCGGCUCUCCAAAUCUCCACUUCCUCCAGUGGAAAGGUCGAAAUUUGCUGACCAGUCAAAUGGGACUGCCACUAGGAAUAUACGGAAUAGACAGAGCAGACAGCCACCCUCCCCAGCGAAAACUAAGACAACGGACAGGGAAGACCAGGCCAUCGUUUCAUCUUCGGUGCCAGGCAACACUUCCUUGACAGAUGAGCAGCCCAGCACGAUUCAAGCCGCACUGGAGCGGCUCUCUGGCAAAACUCUGGCACCUAGAGCCAAUGAGCCUGAGCCUGAGCCUGAACCUGAGCCCGAAGCUGAUGCGAGACCAGUCGUGGCGGAGGAAGCGGUGGUGUUUAAGAAACCCAUGGCGAGGGCACCGCGUGCCAAAUCAAAGGCAAAAUCCAAGGCAAAAAGGGAGCUGGUAAACCUAAAGGUCUCCUACGUACAAGACGAGGUGCAAGUGGACCUCAAUGAGGCUGGCAAUCGGCGGUCAAAGCGUGCUCAGGUACCACUGAUGAACACUUGGUGCCAUACCAUGGAUCCCAUGAAGUUUGAAUGGUUUCGCGAAUCGGUGGAUCCAUAUAAUAAGAAAAAAAGCAAACCAUCGACGAAGCACUCCAGUAUAUCGACACUGUCCAAAAUGUCUUUGUUGAAAAGGCCACCGCUUUGCAGUAGCACGCCGAGACUUCCAGGCGAGCCCCUCCAUGCCGCUACAGAAACUUGUGAGCCUCCAGAACCUUCCGAUUGUAGUUCCCUGGGGCUCGCGUCUCUGCGGUGGGAAGAUAACGAGCGAAUAGAUCAAGUGGAAAGCAGCGAUGCCCGAAAACAAGCCAACAAACGUGGACAACCCAAAAAAAAAAGGCAAGAGUCAGCAGCGGCUGCCUUAAUGCCUCGUGCGCCUGUCAUGGAAACACAAACUGAAACGGAGCCGCAACCCGAUUCCGUUCCCGAUCCAAUAGCACCAAUAAAUGCAAAACAAACCAAGAAAAGUGGACGAACAAAAAAAAAAAGGGAAGAGUCUGCAGCGGCUGCCUUAAUGCCUCGUGCGCCUGUCAUGGAAACACAAACUGAAACGGAGCCGCAACCCGAUUCCGCUCCCGAUCCAAUAGCACCAAUAAAUGCAAAACAAACCAAGAAACGUGGACGAACCAAAAAAAAAAGGGAAGAGUCUGCAGCGGCUGCCUCAAUGCCUCUAACUCCUGGCAUGGAAAUACAAACUGAAACGGAGCCGCAACCCGAUUCCGCUCCCGAUCCAAUAGCACCAAUAAAUGCUGCGACACCAAGUCCCAGCAGCUCGGAUGACCACCAGGCUGCUUGCAUGCAACUCAUGAGCUGGCUGCGAGGACACAGUAGCAAUCAGCCAAGCUCCAAUAUGGAAGACUGCAGCGGGAGCCGGCUAGGAAGUACAGUCUCUGUUGCUAGUGAAUUAGUUUUCAACAACUUGGAUGACAUGGAGUACGCUUUCUACAACACCAAGGAGAAGGCGACACUGGGAUACAUGCGCUUCCAGCCGCUGCAGCGUCGUAGAAAGAAACUUGUUAAGAGCGUUUCCCUGAAAUUUGUUGUUUUCUUUGGACAAUUUGCCUUGGAUUGCACUGUCCCGAAUGUGGCGGAAAAUGAUCGCCGCAUAUUAAAUAUCGGUGACAUGGCUGAGAUCGAGAAAGGCACCCGUUUUGGGUUUUCAAAUUUACUGAACGAAGUGAGUGUGCUGAUGUUUAUCCGCAAUUAGACUUUUACAUGUUACUUUUCAUAGAAAUAUAUAUAUUUUGUAAUUUAUAAUGGUAAUAAUGCGACUGUGUUGCUAUCUAGUUCGAUGAAAAGUUCGCCUUUCAUGGAAAUAAAGUUUGUAAUAUUAUGUA